GGGAAGAGUCUCCGAGUGACCGCAGGACAUACAGCAGAGCCUUCCGCUGCCUGGGUUAGACCGGAGCCCCGGACGGUAUAGACGCGGUAUGUAUGUAGUUAUGCCGCGAUUGACGUGAAGUUCGGCGUCCCUUGACAUUCGAAGCCCAGCAUGAGUGAGGUCCAGGCCACUGUGGAGUUCUCUGUGGAGCUUCACAAGUUCUACAAUGUGGAUCUGUUCCAGAGAGGGUUCUAUCAGAUCCGCGGCGGUCUGAAGGUGCCGGCUCGGAUCCCUCACAGGAUAGAGGCCAGUCUUCUUCAUCCCACUAAUUCAGAUCUGGCCUUCCCGGCAUCGGUGCAGGGUGACGUGAUCUCCAGCAAGACCUUCCAGAUCCUCUACAAGAACGAGGAGAUCGUCGUCAACGACGUCCUGGUGUUCAAGGCCAUGAUGCUGUUGGACGAGAGGAAGGUGGAGGAGUCUCUGAACGAGAUGGACUUUCAACUCUCUCUGGAGCUCUACUUCACAGACGGCGACUACACGCCGGAGGAUCCCGGCUCCCUGCAGAGCAUCAGCAGCCGGACCCUGCGCCUGCACUUCAACCUCCACCGCGGCCUCCACCACCACAUCAACGUCAUGUUCGACUACUUCCACCUCUCCGUGGUCUCGGUCAGCGUCCACGCCUCGCUGGUGGCGCUGCACCAGCCGCUCAUCAGUUUCCCCCGGCUGGUUAAGAGCACCUGGCUGAACCGUAACGCGCCGGCGCCCUGCAAGGACUCCACCGUCCCCGUCCUGGAGAGUGUGGUGUUCGGCAGCGGCUACGUCAAGCAGCUGUCCUCGGAUGGUAAGAGCUUCGUGGUGACGGAUCAGUGCCUGCAGCACGCCUUCACCCUGCACCACAGCCUCUGCGCCAGCCUGCUGCUGGCCUACCACGGCCUCCACGAGUACUUCGCCGCCCUCGUCAGGAGCGUCCCUUCGUCCCCCCUCCUGGACCUUGCCAAAAGCAGCAUGCAGGUCCUUUACGAGCGGGUACUGAGAAGACCUUUCCCCCGAGGCCAGAGACACGCCCGCGUAGAAAAACUGGACGUGGAGGCGCGUCUUCAAGAGCUUUGCGAACAAGUCAAGCAGAAGGCCGACAGCCCGGACGAGCUGGCCGAGACGGUCAACAUGAACCUGGCCCAGCUGUGCUCGCUUCUCAUGGCUCUGUGGGGCCAGUUCCUGGAGACGGUCUCUCUCCGGCAGGACGUGUCGACCCUGCUGGCCCGGGAACAUCACACCCUGAGGGUGCAGAGGUUCGCCGAGGCUUUCUUCUGCCUGGAACACCCACGACAGGACGCCCUGGCCUUCCAGGAGCUUCACGCACACAGCCACCAGCAGAUGACCGGAGCCAUCAAGAACUCGUCGUACUUCCUCUCCCUGCCGCCGCUUCCCGUGGAGUGCGUAGAGCUCGACGGGGACGUCGGCUCGCUGCCCGUCAUCUUCGAGGACCGCUAUCUGGAGUCCGUCACCGAGGACUGUGACGGUCCGUGGCUGGGCGGGCACAGCGCGACCAGGAGCGGCUCCGGCUCAUCCAAAUCCGAUAAACCCCAACCGAAGGAGCCAAGCUCCGGCGCUGCAGGUGCCCUCAGUCCUCUCCAGGAACCGCGUCACGCCGCCCAGGCCGUCAGCUGGCACGAGGAGAACGAGCCGCCUUACAAAUCCAAGGCCAGAUCGAUCAAGCUGAAGAAGAACGGCAAGGCGGAGAACUCCAAGAAGAUGAUCAAACAGAGCUCCAAGGACUCGGUGAUCCUGACGGGGUACAAGCACCUCAAGGUGUCUAACGACGAACCGGGCGGGAGGUCGAAGGAUGGCGAGCCUCAGGGGAACCACAAUGACGUUUCGGCAAGUCUCUUGACGCAACGUCUUACGAACGACACUACCGCGCAGAAGGACGGUUUCUCGAGUCAUUCAAGUCCGCAUGCGCAGACCACCGGUCAGGCAGCCAAGUUCGCCGCCGUCCCUGUCGGGACCCAAAAAAUUCACGUCCAGAACUCCUACCACAAAGAACCGGUCACCGCUCCCUUUCCCUUCCCCGGAGACGUCCCGGAGAUCACACAGACGGAAUGCUGCGAGGCUGAGCUUCGAAGCUGGGAGAGUCGGGGGCCGGAGACCUCGAGGGGUCACUGCAUGCCGAACGCGUCCCCGCGCCUCUCGGACUCGGGCGUCGAAAGCGAGCCCAGUUCCGCCACAAAGCUGGCACCAGAGGCGCAAACCGCGUCCACCUUCCUUGAGGUAAAUUCCGAAUGGUUCCAAUCACCGGUGGCCCUGAAGCCGCCCCAACUCAGCCCCGCGUCCAAGGGGUCAGGCGUACCGGAGGCGCCGAACUUCGAGAGCACGAGCGGCGUGAGCGGCGUGCAGUCCUCGUUGACCUCCAUAAACUCCCUCCCGUCUGACGAGGACGCAGACGGCGAGGCUCUCGACCGGAAAUGCAGUGCCAUCGUGCAGGAGCAGACGCUGGUCUUCUCUGAGGGAGCUGAUAUCUCCCUUCCCGCCGUCCCCGCUAGCCACGUUGUCGAUCCAGCGCUCCAUAAGGAUGGAGCAUCCGUUCCCCUGUCCUUCUUCGAGUCUCACAAAGAGGAAGGACCUGACGUCCGCCUCCCUGCUCUCUCAGUUAGAUCAUCGGCUCACCGAGGAGCCUUCCCGAACCAUCCUGUGGAUCCAGUUCUCCAUAAGGUCGAGGCUACCCAGAUAUCUGAGUCUGCGCUCUUUGAACCCCGGUUUGAAGAAGACUCAAAAUUAAUCCCAGUUCCCGGUGCUCCCGGGACAGACUCGGUGCAUAAAGGUUUACUGGAGAAUCACUCCGGUCCACGGUCCGGCCCCUGCGUUUUGGAGACCAGCCCCAAGAAAGGGGAAGAAGAGAACCACGAGAUGAUCGAGAACGGCUACUACGAGGACACAGACGGGGAAGUCUUCGUCAACGGUCUUCCAGAAGAAGAAAGGACGGACGAGGAGGCGAACAGGAGCGAGGCGGCCGAGUCUGGAGGUCUCAGUUGUAGUCGUUUGAGUUUGGACAGGCUUAGAAAGCCGUAUUCGCCCUUGACCUGCCUGCAACCUCAACCCCAGGAGCAAGUGCUGACCAGAAGCGUUCAGCCCUGGUACAACAGCGCUCCUUCUGACCAGAUGAGAGCGUUCGUACAAGCCAAAGAGGAACUGAAGCAGCUCAAGCUUCCCGGCUUCAUGUACAGCGAGGUGAUGGAGCUGGCCUCCACUGUACCAUAUUUCUGCCUGGAUGAGGAGAAGUCUGACGAGGGGGUUCAUCUCAUCGUCUGUGUCCACGGUUUAGACGGCAACAGCGCAGAUUUACGCCUGGUGAAGACCUACCUGGAACUCGGCCUGCCUGGAGCUCGGAUCGAGUUCUUGAUGUCGGAGCGAAACCAGAAUGACACCUUCGCCGACUUCGAGUCCAUGACUGACAGACUGCUGGACGAAAUUGUUCAAUACAUCCACAUCUACAAUCUCACAGUCUCCAGAAUAAGCUUCGUGGGCCACUCCCUGGGGAAUCUGAUCGUCCGCUCGGUCCUGACGAGGCCCCGGUUCAAGUGCUACGUCAGCCGGCUGCACACCUUCCUGUCCCUGUCCGGGCCCCACCUGGGCACCCUGUACAACAGCUCGGCCCUCGUCAACACAGGACUCUGGUUCAUGCAGAAGUGGAAGAAGUCCGGGUCGCUCCUGCAGCUGACGUGCCGCGACCACUCGGACCCCCGGCAGACGUUCCUCUACAAGCUGAGCAAGAAAGCAGGUCUGCAGUUCUUUAGGAACGUGGUGCUGGUGGGGUCGCUGCAGGACCGCUACGUGCCCUACCACUCGGCCCGUAUCGAGAUGUGCAAGACCGCCUUGAAAGACAAGCAGAUGGGCCCCGUGUACACCGAGAUGAUCGAGAACCUGCUGGUCCCCGUGUUGCAGAACCAGAGCUGCAACCUGGUGCGCUACAACGUCAUCCACGCGCUGCCCAACACCGCCAACUCGCUGAUCGGCCGCGCCGCCCACAUCGCCGUCCUGGAUUCCGAGAUCUUCCUGGAGAAGUUCUUCCUGGUGGCCGGGCUGAGGUUCUUCCAGUAGGGUUCCGGGACGGGAGGAGACGCACAAGGCACAAAUACCUCAACGGACGUCCUCGAUAACGGUUCACUACUUUUAAUGGUUUUUAUUUGAUUUACGCUCCUGUAACUGUGGUGUCCAGCGGCUGCAUUUUUGUACUGGUGUUUUAUAAAGGCGUCCAUUUUUAGUGCUUUACUUUAUUAAGUGAGAAUUUAAGGUUCAAUUUUUAUAGCGGUUUGACCACGCGGAGGGGUAACGCCCAGAUCCAGAAUACGCAGAUCAGACGGGACCGUGAGCCGCCCUCGGAAACGACGGGUUCAUGGGCGGCAGAGAUGGUUUUAAUCCACCACACACGGACGGACCAGCCGGUAAACGUCCCGGUACCGGAGACCAAAGCGCCUCCAGUGAGACUCGGCAGCUCGAGCCGUAACGCGAGUUUAAAAGUGAAACAGCGAGACUGGAUUUGACGCUUAUUCCACACUUGGUCUCGGCGGGCGGUCCUAACGUUUCGGCUCCUCUGCGUACGUCCCGAUGACGUCCCGUGAAACCGCCCUCGGAAAUGUCGGGCCGAUGGCGGUUCCCGUUACGGUCGGCGGCGCUUGCGGGCCGGCGACGGGAUCAUGGGCGACAGAGAUGGUUUUGAUCCCGGGCGACGAGGCGAGCGUCGACUCCUGUAGCGCCUACGAGGGCCCCGGGACGAACUGCAGGAUGAUCCGCCACACGCGGACGGACCUGCCGGUAAACGUCAAAGCACCUCCAGUGAGACGGGCUGUUUGAUACGAGGCGGUAAGAGCGACUCCGAUUCUGAAGCUCGAGCCGUAACGCGAGUUUAAAAGUGAAACAGCGAGGCUGGAUUUGACGCUUAUUCCACACUUAGUCUCGGCGGGUGGUCCUAACGUUUCGGCUCCUCGGCGUUCGUCCCGAUGACGUCCCGCGAAACCGUUCAUCCCGGUGAACCGCCCUCGAAAAUGUUGGGCUGAUGGUGGUUCCUUCAACGGUCGGCGGCGCUCACGGGCCGGCGACGGGUUCAUGGGCGGCAGAGAUGGAUUUAAUCCACCACACACGGACGGACCUGCCGGUAAACGUCCCGGCACCAGACACCAAAGCUCCUCCAGUGAGACGGACUGUUUGAUACGAGGCGAUAAAAGCGACUCCGAUCCUGAUUCUCACGGUUUCUCAGAAGCUCGAGCCGCAACGCGAGUUUAAAAGUGAAACAGCGAGGCUGGAUUUGACGCUUAUUCCACACUUAGUCUCGGCGUUUGGUCCUAACGUUUCGGCUCGAUCGCGUCCCGCUGAACACAAAACGUUCGGUUCGGUUCGGUUGGAGUAUUUAGUGUUAUUCGGUUAGUAUUUUGAUUCGUAGAUGAGAAACCGUAUGGUGUGGUGUUACUCGGCGCUUGUACGUAGGAAAUUCUAAUUUAAACAAAACGUCAACAUCGUGAGUGAGUGUUUUAUACUCGGUGUUUAACACACACCAGGUUUAUGGAUUUACUCUGUUUUCACACACACACUAAAAAUAUCGGUUCGACUCCAGACUCCAGACGAUGUUCUUCACUACGGCACCGGUCGCUUUAAUCUUUAUUCUAAUUUUAAUCUCGGACUCCGCCCUGCUCCGUGACUGCCAGGUUCCGCUCUUUGUACUGACUCAGCACUGGAAUCAUGAAAGUACUACAGUACGCUCGAUUGUUGCUCGGAUGCGAUGACGCUUAAACGUUCGGUUUCUUUACGGGGUGUUUAUUUAUACCUAUGAAUUGUAUUUAAAUGUAAAUUCUCAUUUUUUUUUUUUGUCAUAAAUGGAACAUUCCUCGAAUGUAUAAAAAAAAAUGUAUAUUUUUCCAUUUUCUCCCUUUUCUUCGAUAAAAACGUCGUUGUAUCUUUAA